AUGAGGACAUAUAUCAGGUAUAGUAGGCCUCUUAAAGCCGUUCAGCGAACCAUGUCAACCAAUCGAACGCCCAUGAAUGGUUUAGAAGGGAUUUUUGAUGCGGUGAAAGGAAGCUUGUCUUCCUUACGAACCAUAUUUUAUUUUAAAGAAGGCGAAAUUGAUGUACUGCAGCAUCCCGUGGAAUUCUAUGACACUUUGAAACAGAAAAUUGCUGCGGCGAAUGAUCGUAUCUUCCUUGCAUCUCUUUAUCUUGGAAGAACUGAGCAUGAAGUGAUAGCAUGUUUAGAUGAUGCUUUAAAGGCCAAACCUCAUCUCCGGAUUUCCUUGCUUGUGGAUGGACUUCGGGGCACGCGUGAAACUCCUAAUCCCUGUUCUGCUUCUCUCUUGGCAAAACUUACCAAGGAGCAUGGCGAUAGAGUGGAAGUUCGACUGUAUAUGACGCCAGAAUACACAGGGUGGAAACGGGCUCUAUUUCCCAAGAGGUUUAACGAAGGCAUAGGCUUGCAGCAUAUGAAGAUAUACGGGUUUGAUGACGAGGUUAUUCUUUCAGGUGCUAACUUGUCGAAUGACUAUUUCACCAACAGACAGGAUAGAUAUUAUCUUUUUAAGUCAAAGCACUUUGCUGACUAUUAUUUCAAAAUGCACAAUUUGAUUAGCAAGAUGAGUUACCAGGCCAAAUAUUCCAACACGAAGCAGAGCUAUAUGCUUUACUGGCCGAAGAAUAAUGCUACCAUAGAACCAAGGUUAGAUAAGCACAAGUUUGUUACUCAAGCGUCAGAGCUACUGUCCAAAUUUCUGACAGCAACACAUGAAAAUGGGAUGGAGGGCGUUCAAUAUCUGGAUGAUUAUCCUACCAUUGUAUAUCCCAUCUCUCAGUUCACGCCUCUGUUCAAAAAGAACAAUGAUUUCUCAACUGAAAAACCAAGUAUUUUACGUCUGCUAUCAUCCAUACCGUCUUCAGAAACAAGCUGGGCGUUCACAGCUGGAUAUUUCAACAUACUCCCAGAAAUUAAAAAACGCUUAUUGGAUUCUCCCUCCUGUGUUGGCAAAAUCAUUACCGCAGCGCCUACAGCUAAUGGCUUUUACCAAUCCAGGGGGAUCUCCAAGUAUCUCCCUGAUGCUUACUUGUAUCUGGCACAAAAGUUCCUGAAGUCUGUUCAUGCUGAAGGAAAAUCUGACACAAUUUCUUUGUAUGAGUGGCAGAAGGGAGUUGUAAAUCAACCGGGCGGAUGGUCAUAUCAUGCAAAGGGUAUCUGGAUAUCUGAUGGCUGUGACGAAGAUAGCAGACCUGUUGUCACAGUCGUAGGGUCUUCAAAUUAUACAAGAAGAGCGUACUCGUCGGACCUGGAGACGAACGCUAUCAUACUAACGACUGACGACAGGCUGCGCGCUGCGAUGGGCGCGGAACUUCAAAAUAUACUUCGCCACACCAAGAAGAUCACACUAAAUGAUUUUACAAACGACCCCCAAAGAUACGUCAAACCUGGAGUAAGGGCUGCCACUGAAGUACUUGGCAAGAAGCUGUAG